GGACCCAGAUUGGGUGACCAGGUCCACCCAUUGUUGUACCAGUCACGAAAUGAGGGUGGGGAGUAGUAGGAAAAUUGCUUUUUGAUCCCGUCAACUCCGGGAAGCAAUUUCUGGAUCUGGUUGCUUUUGCUUGAGCCGUUGAGCGUAGAGAGUAACGCAUUGGAAGAGAACGUUCGGGUAGAAUGCGCGGGCGAAUCGAUGCUCGUCCGAACAGGAACGAGUCGGCGUUCACUCGGGCGGUGAACGCGGUGUUCGCCUUCGUCCGCCUGGCCGAGUUCGAAAUCCUCUUCUUCCUCUUCCUGGUCAUCACCUUCAUCGUAUUCAAAGAUUUGACGUCUAGGCCAGAAUACAAUCAGAUUCUGGUGAAGAAGCCCGGUGGCAAUGAUUUCUGGCCUUACUAGAGAUAUCCAGAAACUUCUCUGAGUAGAUAUAGAGAAUUGUUUUUAUCACUAUUGAAUCAGAUUUUCGUGAAGAAGUCUGGUGGCAAUGACUUUGGCCUUACCAGACAUCCAGAAGCUUCUCAGAGAAAAAUGGAGAACUUUCCUAUCACUAUUGAAAGCAGGGGAUAUUUUCUGUACAUUUUGUUUGUAGGUUGUGUGCUUCGGGGUUGGCCACAUAGGCCCCCUUUUAGAAAAUUCAUGUUUGUAAUUCAACUGAAAUCAGGUAAAAAGACCAUAAAGGUGUGGUAGUUUUAAGACAUGCUGCAACUCUAUUCUAUGGCCGGAUAAAGUGAUCCGUGUGUGUAUAUGUUCAUCUGGUCGGGGUGGAUUUAGGGCUAGCUAACCGAUUAAGAGGUGACCCAUUCAUUGAAAGGUAUGAUCCUACCAUUGACAUUGAUAGUGGGUAAAGAUGGUCUUAUAGAACUUUUUACAGGGACGUUUUGAUAACAGAUGAAAUGGCCAAACUGAUAAGCUUAUUGUUGUCUUUUAGUGAAAGAGAUUUGGUUGUGCCCCUUAAUGGUUGAAACUGAA